AUGAAUCUUAAUAAUAAGAAAGCAGAGCAACAAAAAGCAGAAAUUGAAACUAAUGAUAGCUUUCCAAAUAAUGAAAAAAUAGAACAACCAAGAACAGAAACUGAAAUAAAUAAUAGUGCUAAAAGCACUCAAUUUAUACUUUUGGAGAAAACAAUACAAAAGGAAAUUGCAUUAAAUACACAAGAAAUAUGGCAAAAAAAUGGUUUUUAUAACCCAAUAGCAUCUUUAUACAAUGAUAUGCUAGAGGUUAUGAUGUUGACAAACACUAAACAAGAAGAUUUUGAUGGGUUUAAAGUAGUCAUCUUUAAGAAAAAGCAUAAACAUAAAUCCAAAAUAGCUAUUUUAAGAGAAAACAAAUCUAAUAAGAUAAACUUAAAG